AUGAGUAUUAUAUGGAGUUUUGUGGUGAUUGUUCUUAUUGUUGUUAAAGCUGACAAUUACAAUGGUGGUUGGAAAACUGAAAAAGAAAUUCCUAUAGGUAUUGAUGGUCCAUGUACUGUUGAAAGAAGAGAUGGAAAUAUUUUUACACAAGAAGAAUUUAUCAAAGAUUUUGCAUAUCAAAAGCCUGUAGUAAUAUAUAAUGUUGAUAAUAGUCAGUUUAGCAAAAAUUGUAAACGAGAUGAAAUAUUAAAAAAUUGGGGUGAUAAACCAGUUGUUCUUAAUUCUGCUAAUACUUAUUCAUAUACAAGAAAAGAAACAACAUUCGAUGAUUAUGUAAACCGAUUACUAGGAGCACAAGACAUCGGAACAUUGGGAAAUGAAACAUUUAUUCUAUUUGGUGAUAUUGAUCAAAGUAUAUGGAAACCUUUAUUAGAUACAUACAAUCUUCCUUCAUGGUUUCUACCAAAUUAUGAACCAGCGUUGUCUUUUGGUAUAGCUGGUGUUGGAACUGGUGUACCUUUUCAUUUUCAUGGUCCAGGUUUUGCAGAGGUUAUUCAUGGAAGCAAAAGAUGGUUUCUUCAACCAUUUGAAAAAAAACCAAUUUUUAAUCCGGACCAAUCUACUCUUCAGUGGUAUUAUACAGUAUAUCCAACUUUGUCAGAUAAUGAAAAACCACUUGAAUGUUUGAUGAAUCCUGGUGAAUUAAUCUAUUUUCCGGAUAAAUGGUGGCAUGCAACUCUAAAUACAGAAACUUCAGUUUUUAUAAGUACAUUUUUAAGUCGACUACCUAAAUCUAAAUUACCUCCCAAAACUGAAUUGUAG